CACUGACAGAACGAAACAUAAAAGGUUCUAUAUUCAUCCGUAAUCUGUUCAUAGUUCAUACAGUCAAUUUCAUACCGUCUAUAUUCACUGACAAAAACUUCACGUCUACCUAAAAAUUCACAGAGAAAUGAAAAAGUAUAUAAAUAAAGUGGCAUCAUCAUCAUCAAUCAUCACCCAAUCCCUCCUCAUUCCUUCCUUAACCCACCAAUCUUUCCUGUUUCUUUUCUUCUUCCUUUGCUUAUAAAACCUCAACAAAAUUCUUUUGAAUUUCAAUCUAGACGCACAGAGGUAAAUUUCACAACAGGGGAACACGAUGAAGGGAUCAUCAUCAUCAGCAUCAACACCAUCAUUAUUUGUGUGCACAAACAAAAUCACCAAAGUGGCGUGCUUAGCAGCGUUAUCCCUUUCAGGCUUAGCUUUUUUAGUCUACACCAACACGAUCGACUUCAAUUACAAAUCCACAUUCUCAAUGCUGGAUAUCAGCUCAAUUUAUCCCCGUUCCCCUUGCCUCUCUGGAUCAUCUCCAUUUUGCCCAUCUAAACCCCUCAGGGUCUAUAUGUACGACUUGCCCAGGAGAUUUCAUGUUGGUAUGAUGCGAAAGGGUAGUAAUCAGGACGAUAACGCCGCCGUCACGGCGCAGAAUCUCCCGCCUUGGCCGGACAGGUCUGGGCUUAGGAAGCAACAUAGUGUGGAGUAUUGGCUGAUGGCUUCGCUAUUGUACAGCGGCGGCGGUCGUAAUAAUAGUGGGGAGGCGGAGGAGGGGAAUAAGACGACGUCGUCGUCGGAGGUGUGGGGAAGUCAGGAGGCGGUUAGGGCUUUGGAUCCGGAGACUGCUGACGUGUUCUUCGUCCCGUUUUUCUCUUCAUUGAGUUUUAAUACUCACGGACAUAACAUGACUGAUCCCGAUACGGAAAUUGAUCGGCAGUUGCAGGUCGACCUUCUUUACAUUCUCCACAAAUCGCAAUACUGGCAGAGAUCUGCUGGUCGGGACCAUGUGAUACCAAUGCAUCAUCCAAACGCUUUUAGAUUUCACCGAGAUCAGUUGAAUGCUUCAAUUCUCAUUGUGGCAGAUUUUGGCCGUUAUGACAAAGCCCUGGCUAAUCUCCAGAAAGAUGUUGUCGCUCCUUAUGUACACAUAGUGGAUUCCUUUGAGAAUGAUGACUCCCCUGAUCCCUUUGCAUCUCGAAAAACUCUUCUAUUUUUUCGGGGAAAGACACUCAGAAAGGAAGUAAGCUUUGUAGUACUGUUGUUGAAAGUUUUACUCCACAAUUCUAUUUUUCUCCUGGUUAUGGGGAAAGCACUGGAGUGGGGAAGAGUAACAUUCUCCUAUACAUGUAACAGGAGGGACGGGUACGUGCUAAACUUGAACAUAUAUUGAUUGGUUAUGAGGAUGUCAUCUACGAAAAGAGUGAUCCAACAGGAGAAGCCGUGAAUGCUGUAAGUCACACUCCCUUUUCUUACAUAUACAACCAUUAAGAAAAAGAGGUCUUUGGCUCUUAUUUGAAUUGUUGCUUUUACUUAUCUAUGUGCUUUUAACUUUCACGUACGGUACAGAGAUUGUGAUAUAGUGUUAUAACUUCCUCCAUAUGCUGCUGCAUAAAAUUAUGAGGCUACAGACUUGAACAUCCUUGAGACUUUGUUUUAAAGGAUUGCUUACUUGAAUCUGACUGUUUACUUGGGUUUAUCUACAUGAGAUUCUGUUUUGUGUCUGUGGAGAAGAUUUUAAUUGUUUGAGUUUAUGCCUGCUUUGUUGACGGUCUUUUGUGAAUGUAAGAUGGGAAGUCACAAGGAAGCCGCCAUUUUUCUUUUCUGAAAAUCAUCUUUGUUGCGAUCAUCAGUACCCCCAUCUCACCUUCCAUCCCGCUUUUUGUUAAAUCAGUCUAUGCAUGGAAUGCGUUCGUCAAAAUUCUGCUUACAUGCUGCUGGAGACACCCCAUCAUCCUGCCGGCUUUUUGACGCCAUUGUUAACCAUUGUGUACCUGUCAUUGUGAGCGACCAUGUCGAGCUUCCUUAUGAGGAUGAGCUUGAUUACAGUGAGUUCUCCAUAUUUUUCUCCGCCAAAGAAGCUCUCCAACGUGACUACAUGGUUUCUGAACUUCGCAAGAUAUCAAAAGAAAGGUGGAUCGAGAUGUGGAGACGGUUAAAAACCAUCUCUCAUCAUUUUGAAUACCAGUAUCCUCCAAAAAAGGAAGAUGCAGUCAAUAUGAUAUGGAGACAGGUGAAGCAUAAAAUUCCUGCAGCGAAUCUCGCUGUGCAUCGGAGCCGGAGAUUGAAAGUUCCUGAUUGGUGGAGAAGAUAGUUUUUUCUUUUAACCCUUCUGGGAGCCGUAAUCAUGAGAUUCUGUACAUUUUACACACGGAUGCAGCAUUAGCAAAAGCACAUUCAGGGGAUGUAAAAAAGAUGUUGAGUCCUGAAAGCACAAGUUGGCUUUUUAUGAAGAAAUGGACCUCGAAUGGGAUAAGGCAAAUCAACACUUGGUCUUUAAGGUUCGAAUUUUUUCUUUCAUUGUACCAUAUAAAGUUCCAUUGCUUACUGCUAAGAAAUGCAAAAUAGAGUGUAGCUUUACUGCCUUAGUACACUGGAAAAUCACCAUAUUCUAACAAUCAAAUUUUGAGCUGAAACAUUCAUUACUCCAUCAGCUAGGAUUUUCGUUUUUGCUUUACAAUCUUUUCUGUAAAAGUCUAAGAUGGACUGUAACUACAGCUAGGAUUCCAUGGCUCUGUAACUACAGCUUGUAGAGGUUCUCUUGUAAGUUGCGUCUCGGCCAAAGGUCUAAGAUGGACUUGAGUUCAUAUACCUAUUCCACAUAAUCUCUUACUGUUUGAUGUAAAAACUAUCAGCGAUUUUGCAAGUCAUAUAGUAGAAAAUUCAAAGUUUGUGAGUUGGAA